AUGGAUUAUGGAGGAAUUAGUAAAUCUCCCAAAAUAAUAAUCAUGAGAGGAGAUGCAACGGGACAGUCAGUAGUUUAUGAAGCACCCCUGAGUACCAGGUUACCAUUUUGUCUCAAAGAGGAUUUGAAAAAUGUAGCAUCACAAAAUCCAGUGGGGAGAUAUUUGGGCUGACUGUAUGUCAUUUAUAUAGAUUUUCAUACCAGAAUCAUUCUCCUCACUCUGAUUACUGAACUUGACUUCAGUCAAGCUGCAAAUGUGUCCAUAAUGGUGGCCAUCAUGCUCACUCGCCACCUGCACACCCCCAUGUACUUUUUCCUCUGUGGUCUGGCCUUUUCAGAAACCUGUACCACUGUGGUAAUCAUACCCCGCAUGUUAGUGGAUUUACUAUCAGAUAGUAAGACCAUCUCUCUUCCUGAGUGUGCCACACAGAUGUUCUUCUUCUUUGGCUUGUCAAGCAGUAACUGCUUCAUCAUGGCUGCCAUGUCCUAUGACCGUUACACUGCUAUUCACAGCCCGCUGCACUACCCCGUCUUGAUGACCCAGAAGAUCUGCUUUCAGCUGAUGAUGGCCUCCUGGGUGGUUGGGUGUCUGGUUUCUCUGUGCAUCGUCAUCAUGGUAUUCAACUUGUCUUUCUGUGACUCCAACGUCAUCCAGCACUUCUUUUGCGACAUCUCACCUGUGAUCUGCCUGGCUUGUGACUAUACGCCCUAUCAUGAAAUGGCUAUAUUUAUGCUCUCUGCCUUUGUGCUGGUAGGCAGCUUUAUUUUAAUUAUGAUUUCCUAUGUCUUCAUUGCGUCCAUCAUUAUGAAGAUGCCUUCUGCCAAGGGGAGGUAUAAGGCUUUCUCAACUUGCUCCUCCCACCUCACUGUGGUGUGCAUGCACUACGGAUUUGCUGGCUUUGUUUAUUUGAGGCCCAAGGACAGUGGCUCAUUCGGCGAAGAUAUGCUGAGGGCUGUGACCUACACAGUGCUGACACCUCUGCUUAAUCCCAUUGUUUACAGUCUAAGAAACAAAGAAAUGCAGAUAGCCUUAAGGAAGGUACUAGACAGUGCACACAGGUUCAUCCCUCAGAUGGUAAAUAAAAGGACCCUGAACAUUUAA